CGAGAAAGACCUUGUCUCUUUUUUUUAUUCUCGAGGGGAAAAAAGCGCGAAGUUGGGCGAGGGAACGCGUGGGGACAAAGGACAGGAGGAAGGGUGUGCGGGAAGGGAGGGUGAGCGUCUCGUUUCCACCGAGGGAAGGGAUAGCGGGUUCGCCGAGCGGCGGCCAGAGGGCGUUGAAUUUCCAACAACAUGGCCGUCUAACACCGACACACCGUGCAACUCUCCACCAAGUUGACCAGUCGUAUUUCGUGGAAACGAGGGAAUUCGCACGAGGAAGCCGACGACACCUCGAUCUCAGAGACGAGUAGACAAAGCAGUCAAACUGGCGCCGUUCAAGUUUCCCUUCUCAAAAAUGUCCAAGUCGCGCAGCAGCGACAAGGAGGAGCGGGAGAAGGACAAGGAGAAAGAGUUGGAGGGUAAAAUGGAGAGGGAGAAGCAUCACGGCAAGGAGGCAGGGGGAGGAGAGAGCGAGACGGAGGAGGAGGAGGAGGAGAAUCCGGAGGACGGGGAGGAGAACGCGAGGGGGCGAAGCGUUCAACUGCCAAUGAGUCAACUGCAGUUGAGCGGCGAAACUCAAUCCAAUAUAAACUCACCGAUAUUAGCUUCCAACAGCGUGAUGGUGAGGAACGAACAAACGAUACCGAGCUCGCCUCCUCCUUCUUACGAGCACGUUAUCGAACAGACACGGUUGGAGCAUGCAGCCGAGGUGCAGAGGUACGAGAGCGGAAACAACCCCGGGAAUGACGCGUCUGGGGAAGAUAAUAGAACAAAAGCUCCCAAGAUCCUUCACAAGUCGAGCAAAGAGUUGUACAGAGCGGUGGCGAAACAGUGGGGCAUCACUUGCAAGAUGAGCGACCACUGCAGAUGCUUGGACUGUCAGAGCUGUUAUUUCGACUGCGAAUACGACAAGAACGAGAAUCAGAAGACUGAUGGCGGACUCGGCGCCGGCACGCCGAUGUUCAUUUCCGAGGUGAUGCACGGUUCCGGUUGCGUGCUGUUCUAAAACACCGGAAACGGGCCUCCACGGCGACGACACGGCCUUUGCCGUGCUUCCGUGAUUGCGCACAAAAGAACCAGGCUGACUGAUGGAUCGGAACCAAACCAUGAAUCAGCGGGCACCUCGUUGUUGGCGAUGAAACGAACAGCCAGCCAUGGGAAAAUCUUUAAAACUUUUUCGUAAUCGUAGGUGGAUCUUCGUGAAUUUUCAUUUGGAAAUUAUAUUAUUUUAAUGAUAGAUUGGAUAUCCAAUACUGAAAUUUUUAAGGUUUUGAGGGGAUUGGUGGGAAUUGAAAAUUUAACGUUUGUUUAAUCUUUGUAUCGGAUGAUGAUUUUUAAAAUGCGAUCGACACACUUGCAAGAUUGAUCGAUAUUAUCAGAAAUCGAGUAAUUUCGAAAAUUUUUGCCUUCCAAAUGUAAUUCGCGAAGAAAUUGAUUCCACAAGGAAAUUAAUAAUUUUCCGCUUUCGAGAUAAUCACACACCGUGUCGAUGUAAUUUUUUUUUUUUUGAAACGAUGGCGAACCUCACGAGGAUCACCGUCGAGAGAUAUUUUCGAUAAUGUGAGGCGAAAUGCAAAGGUGUGCUUUGAAGAAGGAAAGUUAUUAAAGAAAAUAUAUCAAAGUGGGAGAUAAGGGAAAGGUUAAAACUUUGUCAAUUGUAUUUUAAUCGUUGCAUUUUCACUCGGUGGUAGACGAUUGGCAAACGUUCGACCAAUUUGUACAAUAGAGCGUUAAUGUUAACAAGCGAGCUCGCUGUUGAGAUUGUUCGAAAUUUAUCCACGACCGAUCGAAGCGGUAUUGAAUUCUUCGGAAUAAGUUUAGAAAAAA